AGGCAGAGGCCCAGUCAGGGACAACCAAAGAAACCAGGACUCAGAAGAAAUCUUUCCUUCAACGACUCUUUCGCCAAGCCAGAAGAUGCUUGUGUUGCAAUGUUGCAAAAGGAGGCCGACGAAUUGCGUGAAACCAUCAGGAAGCUGGAGCAGGAGAAGUCUGAGAAGGCCAAGGUGCUGGAGACUACCCAGUCUGGUGCCAAUUCUUCCUCAGAAGAGAGCAAGUGCAAGUGUGGCUUCAUCUACAAAGAAGGAAAUCGUUUCUGCGGAGGGUGUGGCAGGAAGCUGGCUUGGUGCUGCAAGAAGUGUAAGCACGAAGAAAACUCGGUGAGCUACAAGUUCUGCGUCGAGUGCGGUGCUGCCAAAUGUUCUAGCAGCAGAGAUUCAAGAAGCAAAAGGCCAAGAAAAAGAGCAAAAAGGAACGCUCUGGCACUGCGGCUCAGUAAGCUAAUCGAAUACUGGAAAGCUAUGGCUAUUGUUUGCUAG